GAAGGCAUAGCUGUUGUUUCGGUCGCUGUCCAUCUCGCGGAAGCUUGCAUCAAGCUUCACGAUUUUUGGGAAUCCAUGGAAGAUGCUCCGCACGAAAUCGCAACAAUCAAGGAAGACUUACUGUAUCUCAUCUCUAUUUUUAAGAGGGUCGAAUCCAGCGAGCAUUCGUCGAGCAAAUGUAUGGCGGAAGGAGCCACCCACUGCCAGAGAAAAGUAGCGGUGUCCACCGAUUCAAAUUACCAUUGCAUCGCCGAGAAACCGCGACAAAUCUUAUCCGGUGGAAGCAAAUCUACUCAGCUCAAAGGAAAUACUGAGGCUUCCAGGUUUCGCUGUUUGCAGUCUCCUUCGUGUACGCCAUCGACUAGCAAAAUUUUGUAUCCAAACAAUCUGAAGUAUAUGAUGAAGCCUGUCGAUGGGUCAUACAGGUCAGAGCUCCAAAUCCAACAACUCAUGCUACAUGCAAUCUCGAAAAUCGCAAUAGCUGCGUUUGAAACGACUUCCUUAGAUAUUCUUGCUCGAGACAGCUACAUUGUUGAUGAGUGUGGACAGCCACGGGCAAAAACUUUUGUGUAUGCAGAUCGUCUCCGAUAUAGCAUUCACCACACAACGUCUAGCUUCCAGACCCCACUCGGCCCAGUUUGGGUACGCAAAACGACCAUAUACCCCACCAACGACCCUGCAGCUGGAAGUUACCAGACGGUGACCUCUAUUGUAUUCUACCCUAGGACAUGGAUGAAGUGUCUGGGUUUCCAAAGGGGGCUGGAGGCGGCCAUGUCAUCUGCGGGCAGAAGCUGGCUUCUCAAUUGCAGGGUAACAUUGACUCGCGCAGUACCUGAGGAUUCUCUUAUAUUUGAGCUCUGCCGAACUGGACAGACUCGUGCUGUUGAGACCCUGUUGGGUAAAGGGCUGGGAAGCGUAGUAGACACGAGUCCGAAGGGAUGGAAACCUUUACAUUUUGCUGCCGCCGCCGGACAUGUGGACUUGUGCACCAUGCUGAUCCGAGCAGGUGCAGAUAAGUCAGCAUUAGUCUACAAAGGGCCCUCCGAAUCCAUCCUUACUAUACAGAUGCUCAGGAUGUUUUACGACUGCAUCGACCUGACUAGUCCUGAAGGCGACGGCUGGCAAGUUCAUGAAUGGUUGAAGAGAGCCUAUGCAACAGAAAAAGUCCCAAUAUCGCAGAACAGCAUCACUUGGCUUUUACAUUUGACAGCGAAAGAACAGUACGUUGAGUGCAACCCAAGAGUCCUAUGGUCUGGACUGCAGCACGCUGUAAGGUCAGUGCUCAACCACGAGCGUUAUAGCAAACAUCUAGAGCAUAUUCUCCAACUCUGGGACGCUGAUGCUAGGAAUCUCAGCCUGCAGCACGUAAGUGCACUUUCGUCCUGGAUAGCUCUUCGAGUAACAGGGCGUGUGCUUGUGAUGGCUGUACAAGCAGGGGCAUUCCUUCGGAUCAAGGGAUUUGACUGGACCGAGGACGACAUGACGUACGGAGCGUUCUUGCAAGCACAACCUGGCAUCUAUGCAGACUGGUGCAAUGCAGUUCUCGAUGCGGUCGACAAAUUAGAAAAUCACAUGCGAGAAGAGUUGGAGUUGUAUAUGCGGCAACUGUGUUGGACGCAGGAUGAUCUUCUGAACGCUCUAUCAAGCACGAACGCUGUCAUCUACAACUCGAACGACCGGACAUCCCACCUCCAGACCUGCUCGCGAUGCCAACAUAACUACACUUCGAUGGCCCAUAUUCUAGUCGAGCCUGCACGAAUUGAAAUCCAGGAAUGUGUGAAGACCGGCCACAGCCCUGUCUGCAUAUGCCGCAACAUACCGCAACAAAGUCUGAAAGUAGCUGAACUCCCAGAAUACACUGGAAUGUGGUGUUAUCCUUCUAUAGACGAUGUAUUGGACGCUGAAGAGGACUUCUUCGACGCGCAGCCGUACCUCUUCGACCCCACAUCGCUCCAGAUCGAUCGACCAAAUUCGAACGUAUUCUCCGAGGCAGCUACUCUACUCUACACUGCCCAAGGAAGAAACUGGAUAGGCAGUUACGCGAUUGGAGAGCGCCUUUGCGCAAGCUGCUUCUUUUUCAAGGAGAGAUACAUCGGUGAGGACGGGUUUGCAGCGGAGUUUCCACCCAUGCCAGAAAGCUUCGUGAGCCUUCGCACUAAGUGGUAG